AUGCAGGGUGUAUACCCACUGCUUGCAAGACUAAUUGCACUGGGCUGCAAUGCUCCCCAACGCGGGACGCUCCACGCAGGUUGUAAAUCCAGGAGCCAAAACGUGGCAAUCGCUAAUAAGACCGUUCGCGUGAAUAACGGGAGGCGCAGUAUGUACGAUCGGAGCCGCAUAGGGCUGAACGGAAGGGAAGGAAACGACUGCAUGUUAUUGGGACGGAUGUUCCUCGAGGGGACGGUGAAGAAGUCCAGCCACGCAGUUACAAUAGAGGAACGGCCUUCACGCUCUGCAAGCUCUGCAGACCCCAGCUCAAUUGAACACACCACAGCUAUUCCGUCGUCGAGCGUAACACUGAGUCGGUUUCUCGUCACAACCUGGAGGGCGGGUGUCAACGAAUUCGCAGGCUACUUUAGGGACUAA